AUCACUGUCGGGAUCAUAAUAUAAUAGGCGUUGAUUAACUAUGCAUACCCGUAUAUAUCUAAUUUAUACGACUGUACCUGGAAUGUUUGACUUGUAAGGUCACGAUAAAUAGCCAGGUCACACGGGGGGAUCUUCACAACUCACUCGGAACUUGUAAACAGCGGAUGACAAGUUUUACUCCUGAACUUGCAGGAUUGUUUACGUACUAAACCCGUAGUAACAUAUUCUACACGGAAGUUUAUGUCGAGUUCAUUCCUGUGUCAGGGACGCGUUACACAGUUUCACUUUCAUUAGUGAGAUAUAUUUUGUUGGACACGUAACAUAUGAACGCGAUGGGUAGCGUUACCUCACCUGUUAUAUUGGAACGCCUGUCGUCCACAUCGGUCCCCACCCCCGGGGAGCAUCAGCUGACACCUGUCCCCGUGUCCAACGAGCAUAUGUCCGUCCCCCAAUCCGUGGAACAAUUUUCCACGUUGGGCAGCAGCUGGAAUGGAGCCAGUCCCCCAAACUGUUGUAGAUGCGGAAGUGGAAUAUACGACAGACUCGUGGUGCGCGUGCAGGACAAACUAAUGCACAGCGCAUGCGUUCGGUGUACGUCAUGUGGCGUGGAAGUGUCAGAAGUUUGUUUUUCCGACGGAACUGACAUAUACUGUCAAACUGACUUCUACAGGCGGUUUGGCGGGACGUGUUCCGGAUGUUCAGGCGUAAUAGCUCCCGAGGAGUCCGUCCGAAUAGCAGGCAACAAUAUUUACCACGAAAGAUGUUUUGCAUGCGCACUGUGCCACGUUGCAUUGCAAACUGGCGAUAAAUUUUACAUCCGGGAAGAUGACAAGCUUCUAUGUGAACGAGAUCUCCAAAAACUGCAAGCUUCUGAUGAAGGAAACGUUACAUCAAGCUAUGACAGCAAUACGGGUAAACGGCUCUCUUUAAACCUAGAUCCUCAUCAACGGAAGGUAUUGGAGCAGGCAUAUCAGACCAACCAACGACCGUCACGUCAUAUCCGGCAGAAACUGAGCAUGCUCACAGGCAUUGACACCAGGUUGAUACAUUCAUGGUUCCGUAACAAACGAAACAAAAACAGGAGCAGACGAAUCAGAAAUAUAAGGAGGGGGAGCGGAGGCGGAAAUCAGGAUUCUGGACUAAGCGACAACGACACAGCAAAUUCCGGUUCUCUCUCUGGUUCCGGAGAUGAUGCACGGAACACAAUAAAUGAAGAGCAGUACCCGAUGAAUUACACAAGCGACCUGUCCACCCUACAGACCAGCGCCAUGGCCAGAUCGCCAUACAGUAGACUCAACACUUGGCUGAAACACGUUGAUUCUUUGGCAGUUGACGCCGUCCCGCCAAACAUAGAGCUUAAGGCGUCCGACUUCACAGCCGGCGGAGAAAUACGGCUCACACCAACCAGUGAUGCCCAGAACCAAUAUGGCGGCUUACAAUGGUACCAGCGACAGGUCGAACACCACGAGAGCGACACCUGGAUUCCCACAAUAUAAACUGUGGCUACUUAAACUACUGUCGAUAAAAUACUUAAAAAGUGUUAAGUUGUUUAUACAAACGUUUAUCAGCAUUGUCUCUAUUUAAUAAUGAUGAAGAUGUUCGAGUGAUACAGACAGCCUGCAUAUUGUGUGAUGAUGCAUCAUUUGUUCCACAUUUUUGUCACAAAAUUUGUUUAAAUUUAAGUUAGAUUGUUGAAAUUAAAAUAUUUA